UCGUGAAGAUUUCCGAUCAGAGCCGAAGGAUACUCGUUUGGCUGCUGGAGAGACUGCUUUAUUAGAAUGUGGCCCUCCGAAAGGAAAUCCAGAACCAACACUGACAUGGCAAAAGAACGGUGUUACAUUAGAAUUACAAUCACCACGUGUAAGAGUAGUCGAUGGAGGAAAUUUAAUGAUCAGAGAAGUCAGAACAAGUGAUCAGGGCAGAUACAGAUGUGUUGCCCAAAAUAUGGUCGGACAGAGGGAAAGCAUUGAAGCCAGACUUACCGUACAUGUAAAACCGUAUCUCAUAAAAGAACCUCGAGACCAGACUGUCCUGGUAGGGCAGAGUGUUCGGUUCGAAUGUACUGCUGGAGGUGACCCUCAGCCUACUAUCAUGUGGCGUAGAGACGAUGGCAAGAUGCCAGUAGGCAGGGCAGGUGUCCAGGAUGACAAGUCCCUAAGAAUUGAUGCAGUGACGGCGAACGAUGAAGGGACUUAUGUUUGCGAGGCUGAUAAUUUAGUUGGGAGCGCCCAGGCUAAGGCUGUGCUGGUGGUCAAUGCACCUCCAAAAUUCACCCAAAAACCCACAGACAAACGCGUCGGUCUAAACGGUGUUGCCACAUUCGAAUGCUCCGCAUCGGGCAACCCCAAACCCUCAGUCUUCUGGUCAAGGGAAGGUUCUCAACAAUUAAUGUUCCCUGAUAACACAUAUGGCAGAAUUUCUGUGACACCUCAGGGCACUUUAAGGGUCCAGGGGCCGAAGGAGGACGAAGGGUACCUUGUUUGUAGCGCCCUUAGCGUUGCAGGGAGUACUACUGUUAGGGCACAUUUACAGGUUACUUCAGUAGAAGACACGCCUCCACCGAUUAUCCAAAUUGGCCCUUCCAACCAAACUUUACCCAAAGGCAGUAUGGCAACCUUGGUUUGCCAGGCUACAGGUUCACCUGCGCCUAAAAUCAGGUGGACCAAGGACAAUGGUGUACCUUUGAAGGAUAACAAAGCCUCCAGGAUACACAUUUCUGGUUCAGGAACCCUAAAAAUUGACGAUCUGCAAGUCACUGAUUCAGGACACUACACUUGCACAGCAUAUUCAGAAAGUGGAGAGACAUCCUGGUCAUCUUCUUUGAUGGUCGAAAAAAACCCAUCAUCUCAUUCUACGACCUUACACAGAUCACCAGAUCCUAGUACAUUUCCAACAUCACCAGGAACCCCUAGAGUCCUUAAUUUGACUGAAUCCAGUGCAACCCUAGCCUGGGUUCGAGGCCCAGAAAGGCACAAUGCCAGCCCACUAUUAGGAUACUCCGUGGAAUACUUCAGUGCUGAUUUGCAAACUGGUUGGGUAGUUGCAGCCAGUAGAAUUGCUGGUGAAAGUAUAACAAUCAACGAUCUCAAACCAGGUACCUCCUACGUCUUUCUGGUACGUGCAGAAAACUCGCAAGGCAUGUCUGUGCCAAGUGGCUUGUCUAAUGUCAUAAGAACACCCAGGGCCCAAAAAGAUGCAAUGACCCAACAGGAACUGGAAAAUGCCAGGAUGGUUCUAAGUGGCAAAGUUGUAGAUUUAAGGGAUGCACAACCUACUAGCCCUACAAGUGUAAGGGUUGUUUGGCAACUGCAAGUCAGCCAUAGCGAAAAAUACUUAGAGGGUAUAUAUAUUCGUUUUCGUGACUUGACAAGUGGUUCCCAGAAAUACAACAUCCUGACAGUCCCAAAAGCAACUGUUGAGACUUACAUUGUAAACAAUCUCAAGAAAUUUACCAAGUACGAAUUUUUUGUUUCACCUUUUUACAAAACUGUUGAGGGGCAACCUAGUAACUCCAAAAUUGCGCAGACCAUGGACGACGUACCUUCUGCACCACCAGAUAAUAUCCAAACAGAAAUGCUAAAUUUGACAGCAGCUUUGAUCAGAUGGUCACCACCACCAGCCCAACAUCAUAAUGGGAUCUUACUGGGAUACAAAAUACAAGUGAAAGCUGGUAACUCCAGCAAAAUCCUGGCACAAAUGUCUCUAAACUCCACAACUUUGUCAGUGAUGCUCAAUAAUUUGACGACAGGAGCUUCAUAUAAUGCCAGAAUUGUUGCUUACACCAGGAUGGGAGCCGGCCCUUAUUCAUCCCCGGUCUCUCUGGUAAUGGAUCCUGCCCUCCUACAAGCUCAUCCAAGGGCUCAUCCAAGUGGUGGAAAUGGUGGAUCCCGAACAGGUGCCCAAAGUGUUGUCCAGGAAACCUGGUUUGUGGCAGUUAUUGCAGUAAUGCUCCUGGCUUUCCUGUUGGCUGCAGGUGCUGCUAUGAUGUUAUUCAGGAGACGCCAACAGUUGACCAAGGAACUCGGGCACUUGAGUGUGCCUGUUGUCAACGCCAAUGAAAUCGCUGCUCUUAACAUGAACGGUAAGGAGACUUUGUGGAUAGACAGAGGUUGGAGACCUGCAGACGAUAAAGAUUCUGGUUUAUCGGAAACUAAGUUGUUGAAUGCACCUGGACAACCGUAUUCUGAUAGUGCUACUGAUUAUGCAGAAGUCGACACCAGGAACAUGUCGACGUUCUACAACUGCAGAAAGUCUCCUGAAAAUCCGACGCCCUACGCAACCACAACAAUAAUACCAUCAGUCCCGAACCGAGGAGAGAAGCACCACUUACAAACCAGUAACACAGACUCGUCCUCAUCCUGUGUCAAGCCUAAUUUAGACAUGUCUACAACAUCAGGAUCGAGUUCUCCGAAAUCCUGCUUCGACCCUUCGGUUGCUGCAAUGGCCAACAGCAAUCUGCAGCAGUUGCAUCAGCAGCAAAGUAUGCAAUCAGCACCUGGCUUUAUGCAGGGUAAUAAAUAUCCCCCGUACAUAUGUCAUGAUGGGAAGAUGGUGCAGCAGCAAGCUUUUACAACUCCUUCCAAUUGGUCAGAUUUUCUACCACCGCCGCCAGAUCAUCCGCCCCCCACACCUUUGUUGGGCGCCCAAAGCAUAGGACCAUACGGAGCUCCGAGCCCGAUUGUCGGCAAACGUUGCCCGCAGUUCAAUUGUGGCAACACUAGAGCAGGAUCACAGAUGUCCAACUGUCACCACAAUCACAAUCCAAUGUCGGCCUCUCACCAUUCAUCAGGACAUUCCUCUUGUGGUUCCUCGAGUGGGCACAGUGGCACUGGUUGCAAUGGUUGCAGUAACAACGGUUGCAGCAAUAAUGCAUGUUGCAAUAAUGGCUCGAAUGCAGGGUACUCACCUUGGUGUCCUGUGCAAGGAAAUCAAGGGAACAAUUUGGGGGUUAUGUACUCGCACGAGAAUGUUUACAACAGUCCUGUUGCGCCUCCUUAUGCUAAUAAUGGUCACCACAACAGAUACCAAAUGCAGCCCCCAAACCAGCACCCUCCCCAGUUACCAGGAACGUAUCCAAACAGCCAGUUCGGCGGUUCGAACCCACACCACUCCGAGUACCAGUCUUCGUAUGGCAUGACCAGGCAACCAGGAAGCAACGGACAUUGCAUAAACUCAUCCUCCAGGUCUUGUGCUUCCUACGAAGGCAUAUCCUGUUCAGACCAACACCAGAUUAUUGCAAACCACCACGCCAAAAUGAAUGGUUCAUCCUGCACCUACCAGGAUUGUUCUGCUCCUGAAGAUGCAAGUGAUAGACAUAGUGAGGAUUCCAGCAGCAGAUGCUGCAGCUGCAGCGAAGGAUCGUGUCUUUAUGCUGAAGCAGGCGAACCUCAACAAAUCCUCAGAAUCGUUCAAUAGGAAAGGGCUUUCUCGGAUGAGAUUUGU